UAUUUCACCAAGUCAUGGAACCUGAAGCUGAACUUGGUCCCUCACCAGAGACCAUGAUCAACCACCAGGUCUCAUCAACAGUACUAGACUACUCCAGAGACGACAGACCCACCAUGGAAGCUAAUGUGGGUGCAUCAUCCUUUGCAAAUUUGGGUGAUCAUGAAUCCAUCUUACAAACCAGAAGUUCCAUAUUAGAGACGGGGUACUUGAUGAAUAAGAUUGAGAAUAAAUAUACUCUGAAAAUUAAUAGCAGUGAAAAUGGAAUGAUAGAAGAUGGCUACAAAUGGAGGAAAUACGGGCAGAAAUCCAUCAAGAACAACCCUUUUCCCAGGAGUUACUACAGGUGCACGAACGCAAGGUGCAGUGCAAAGAAGCAGGUGGAGAAGUCAAGUGAUGAAUCAAACACCUUCCUUGUCACCUACGAAGGCCUCCAUCUCCACUUCACCUUCUCACACUUAUUCCCAUGUCAAACCCACGACCCUUCCUAUCCACCCAUUAAAAAACCCAAAAAUCUCUUCCUUGAAGCCCAAGAAACACAAGCCCAUGAAGAGCCUACACCUGUGAUUGCUCCCAUACUGCCAAGCCCAUUCACCAAUGGGCCACAACAGAUGUUGGUCAGUGCAGAAGAGAGCCCACAAGGAUUGCUCGAGGAUGUCGUGCCGUUGCUAAUUCGAAAUCCAACAAUCGGUUUCCCUUCUUCAACUUCUUAUCCAUCAUCCCCUCUUUCUCCACCCUCUUCUUCUUCCUCCCUUUCAUGGUCCCCUAGUUGUUCUUCUUUUAUUGAUCUCCAUUCAAAGUGAUAUGUAUUGGGCUUCAAGUACUUGUCUGUUGUCGAAUAAGCCCAAAUAGUGGCCU